AUGUGCAGGCAGGGUUUCUAUGAAGAGUCGAGCGGAUGGGAAACUCACACACCACAUAUCUACGGAGCCAUUCGGAGCUCUCCAUGCUGCUCAGUGACCCGGGGCCGCCGCACAUUGCAGACGAAUAGCGCGAACUUACAACCAGAGUUGGUGAAUGAAAAGCGCAGACUGAUUCGGUGCGCUUGAAGCUCAGCUGAUCCUUCUCCUCUUUGUCAUCGUCGUGGUCAGCGCGUGUGUGUAAAGAUGCCGCCAGCGACAGGAGGGCCGGUGGGCUACACUCCUCCCGAAGGUGGCUGGGGCUGGGCAGUGGUGGUAGGGGCCUUUAUCAGCAUUGGCUUCUCCUAUGCCUUCCCCAAGUCCAUCACAGUGUUCUUCAAAGAGAUCGAGGUGAUCUUCAAUGCCACCAGCAGCCAAGUGUCAUGGAUCUCCUCAAUCAUGCUGGCUGUCAUGUAUGCAGGAGGACCGCUCAGCAGUAUUCUGGUGAAUAAGUUUGGUAGUCGGCCAAUCAUGAUUGUUGGGGGCUGUCUGUCUAGCACAGGAUUAGUCGCCGCAUCCUACUGUAACACAGUGGAGGGUCUGUACUUCUGUGUGGGAGUUAUAGGCGGACUGGGCUUGGCAUUUAAUCUGAAUCCAGCAUUGACCAUGAUUGGCAAAUACUUCUACAAGCGCCGGCCAAUAGCUAAUGGCAUUGCGAUGGCGGGCAGCCCAGUGUUCUUGUCCACCCUUGCCCCGUUGAACAGCUGGCUGUUUGAUCAGUUUGGGUGGAGGGGCAGUUUCUUCAUUCUGGGUGGAGCUUUGCUGAACUGCUGCGUUGCGGGGUCGCUAAUGCGGCCCAUUGGACCAAAACCACAACCUGCCAGUCCAAAAGAGGAUGGCGAACCCAAACCUCAAGAGAAAAAAACAUGCAUUCAGACCAUCAACAGCUUCCUGGAUCUGACCCUGUUCACUCACCGAGGCUUCUUGCUGUACCUGCUCGGAAAUGUCAUCAUGUUCUUCGGCCUCUUUGCACCCCUUGUGUUCCUCAGUAACUAUGCGAAGAGUAAAGAGAUUUCCAAGGAUAAGGCUGCGUUCUUGUUGUCCAUCCUGGCCUUCACUGACAUGAUCGCUCGGCCGUCCAUGGGCCUGGUGGCCAACACGCGCUGGGUCCGUCCACGCAUCCAGUACUUCUUCGCCGCGUCUGUGCUGUAUAAUGGCGUCUGCCACUUGUUGGCACCACUCUCCACCGAUUACGUGGGUUUUGCCAUUUAUGCUGUGUUUUUCGGUGUGGCUUUCGGCUGGCUGAGUUCCGUGCUGUUUGAGACUCUCAUGGACCUGGUGGGCGCUCAGAAGUUCUCCAGUGCUGUCGGGUUGGUCACCAUUGUGGAGUGUGGGCCUGUGCUGCUGGGUCCUCCGUUACUGGGAAAACUCAAUGAUGAUUACGGUGAUUAUAAAUACACAUAUCAGGGUUGUGGAGUCAUCCUGGUGAUUGCCAGCAUAUUCUUGUUCGUGGGAAUGGGAAUCAACUACCGGCUAGUGGACAAAGAGAAGAGGGAGAAGGAGAGAAGAGCUAGACAGGAAGAGAGGGAUGAAGAGACGAACAUAGACAAUGCCCUGAACGAGAAGGCAAGGGAGGCGGAUGGAGACGCAUUGGAUGCGUGAGCUGAUGUUGCCAAAUGAAGAAGGACACGAUAUUAUGUGGACAAACACCAACAAUCCAUGUCUUUGGGUUUUGACCAUCCAAAAUGAUAAUCACAAAUAAUUUCCCCUCUAAUGCAUCACUUAAUGAUUCAGCCAGUGUUUAAAACAGCACAAAGGACUAUGAUGCCAAGAAAUUCUCUUUUAUGCAAUCCCACACACACCUCAGAUGUUACUGUCACUCUCCCAACAUUCAUCCGAGAGUGUCUCUCUACCUAAUUUCACUAUUCACCUUUUUGUGGUAUAUAUUAUAACCAUUACGAGAGCAUUCCUAGAUUUUGAUCACCGUUAAAUGAAGCCACAAAAUGCACAUUUCAAAACUGAGUAUUAUGAUGUGUGACAUUUAAGGAAACAUGCACACAGAAUUUGUCAGUUCAAGACAUAGAAGAAAGAGAGAUCUUUGACUCUUCUGUCUGUCUUCCGUCUUAGAAAUGCAGUGUUUUUGGAUUAAAGGUCAUUAUUAUAUGUAGGAUACACAUUUUUGUUUUCUUUUUUUUUUUAAGUUGAGUGUGAAGUUUUUUUGUUUUAUGAUAUGUAUGUAGUCUUCCCUGUUGUGAUUGGCUGGUAUAAAAUAGUGCCAGGCUUUGCUAGGCUGCCAUAUAAAGGCAAAACACAGAAAUUAUGUCAAGACUGAUUACGUAUUUGGAUUGAUUUGAUAUCAACUAUUGUUCUCUGAACAUAGUUUAGGAAAUCCGGUCUGUCACGGGACAGAUCAUAAACUUGAAUUCACUCAUGAAAUAGGGCAAAAUGUGUUUUGCCUUUGCAUGGCAGAAGUAUUCGCGGUUCGUUUAAUUCAAGUGCAGUUUAAUGUAUUUUUUGACAGGCUGCUUCCUGCUCUGGUGGUCUCAUGAUCUCACACUGGUUAUCAAACUCUCUACUCACUGUACUGUAACCAUGAAGAUUUCUGUGGUUACCAUUUUUAGGAGCUGCAGCAGACACAAUGUCGCAAAGGUCUUGUUUUCAUUCGAGACACUUCACAUGAAAAGUCUGCCAGAGAUGUGCUUCAGCUUCUCUGUUUCAUGUGGCAUUUAGUGAAGAUGAUGAUUUCACUAGGGUAAACUACAUUCAAACAGGGGAUCCUUUUAAAAUUGUGUGUUCACUUAGCUUUUGGACCACGUUGUUUUUCAAUGUGUAGACUAAAAUGUUUUAAUUACGGUUGCCAACUGAUCCUGUGCCUUAAUUAGGUGCCUUUCGAUCUACAUACAGGUAUUUGUAUUUAACAGCCAUACGUGUAACGAUACAACUCCUGACCCCCUUUUUUUACAGAGCUUUUUGCAAUGUCAGAAGGAUGUGUAGUGAUUUUAAUUUGAUAGUCUGCUAUUAAUUUGCUCUUUUCUGUCAUACUAAGGGGAGAGUAGAGUGCUUCAUUUCAAACUGAGCCAGCAACAAACGGUACUGAAUUUGUGUUGGCUAGAGAUAAAGAAGACUUCAUUUCAAGUUCUGCUAGUGUUAAGCUGCACUCGCGUUUAUUUGCAAAACGUAGGUGCUUAUUCUUUUUACAAACUCAAAUAGGUGAAGGAAUAUUCUUGAAGUUUCCCAAGCCAUCCUAUUCCUUCUGCUUUGUAGAUUCGCCGAGCACGUGGAAAACAACACGACUCUCGAGUCUGCAAAAAGAAGAUUUAGCAGAUCUCAAACAUCGUGACAGUUUUUGGUUUUCUAGAGUGAGCCAAUUUCAGGUGAAAACAUUGAAACAAAAGGGAGGAAACACCAGCACCUGCUGGCUGCUGUCGUUCAUCGUGAUGCUGCGGUCAAAGAUGCUGGUUCACUGCCGUUUCUGUGUUUCAGCGAAGGUGUAGCCUACAUCUGUUCUAGCGUUGUUGUUUAGUCACAGCAGAUGGCAGAUAGUGCACUUUAAUUAGGUACAUUUAAGGUGAAAUUCAUACUCUUCUUGAGUUUUGCACACGUAGCAUUCACAGUGUAAGGCAAUUUAUGUAACUUUUUUUCCUGAGUAGAAAUGUAUCUGUGUGGGUCCUGAGGGAUGUGUGCUUGUAUACAGUUCUCUGGUGUGGCGGAGUUGGUAAUGUAAUCUCAGAGCUCGGCUGAAUCAUAGCAGCUGUGAGACAAAACAGUAGAAAGAGAAUCGGAGCCGUUAACGACUCAUUUUCAGUCUCUUAGGUAAGAUCGGUAUCGUUGCUCUGACUGCACUCCUCGUACAGGA